GGACGGUCGGGUGAACUGUCAACUGUGUAACUGGGUUUGGUGUAUUUGAGUGAUUUGGAGGUUAUGUUUGUGUUUUUACUUCAACUUCAUAUUUUAAUUAUAUAGUAUAUUAUUUAAAAAUAAAAGUAAUUUAUUAUGUCAAAAGAUGGAUAUCAACUGUAUCUCCACCAAAAUAAUUCUUGUAGAUGUUGUGGAUUGGAGAAGAGUUCAGGCAUCGAUCUUCAAAAUUCUGAAAAUGAUAGAGCAGACAAAUUAUUGAGGAAUUUGUCACUUCUUCCAAAAAGAGUGAUAAGCAUUAAUCAAGCUGAUAAAUUAACAAAAUUUUAUCUGUGUCGACUGUGAAAUGACUCUUCAUCACUUCAGUGAGUUUUGUGAAAUGAUAAAAAAAGUACAAAGAAAUCUCAAAUCACAGCUUAAACCUUCAACUACAGACAAAAUAAAAGAUAAAUCUCAAAAGAAGACUGACUGUCACGUGAGUGGGGUGUCGAGUGGAGGAACUACAGUUGUGAUAAGUGUCAGUGGGGAUGGGCAGAUCAAGUGUGAGGACUGCCAGAGCAACUUGGAGCCUGAUCAGCUGAUGACACUGCACAUGGUGACACACGGCCUUGGCUCUGUGUUGUGUAACUGCAAGCACUGCGGCCACCGCGACCACAUCGGCAACUUCCUCCAUCACAACAACAGCAUCGUCAAAUGCCCGCAGUGUCUGUUUGUAGGCUACCAAGACACCAAUGCCGUUGCGACCACUAGCAAUGCUGACCAAACCAAGAAGUCUACUGUCGGUGGAUUUGUCUGUGAAGUAUGCAAUACUAGAUUUAUGACAAAGUACCGAUACAAUCGGCACAAGCUGAUUCAUGUGGGCGUAAAACCUUUCCUGUGUGAAACCUGUGGCAUGAAAUUCAAUCAGAAGCAGAGUCUGAAAUUCCACGUGAUGAAGCACGCCAAAGUGAACCCUCACUCUUGUCAGUGGUGCGGUCAAUCGUUUCGGUUCAAGGUUUCAUUACAGUCCCACAUUCUGAACAUUCACGGAAGUUUGUCCAAUGCUGUGACAAAGUAUGAGUGUGAUCAGUGCCACAAACAGUUUCGCCACUGUGUACAAACUGCGGAGACAUUACAGGUUGCACACAGGAGACAGACCCUAUCAGUGUUCCAUUU